UUUUCAAUUAAUCAGUUUGUUCUUGCUUGCUUAAUAAAUAAUACUUUCAAUAAAGAUUUAUAUAUACAAAAUUAAAUAGGCAAAUUGUGUGAUAAAUAUUAAUUGAUAAAUAAUUAUUUAGUACUGGUUACGGAACUGAAAGUGCAACAGAUUUCGUAGAUAUUCCUGCAGCAAGCAUGAACAAUUCGGCAGCAAAGGUCGGAGAGAUCUUCCGAGAGGCAGGAAUUGCUUUCAAUAAACUCUCAGAAAUGACUAUGCUGUUACACCCAAUGGGGGAUUCACAACCAGGGGGGAAAUGGACUGAGGAAGAAAUAGAAAUGCUGCGUUUAUGUGUGCAUCGGUUCGCAGUUGAUCUUAAUAAGCUCAGUCAACACAUAAAAAAUAGGACUGUGACUCAAAUCCGCACAACACUGAAGAAGAAAGCGUUCGAGGACGCAGGUAUACCUGUGAGACAGGUAAGCAGUACAGUGACUAGCCUUGGCCAGCCGCAGACUCCACAGGUAGCGCCCCCUCUGAGCGUGAUCAACACACAGAACGUUAUAGGAAAAAACGCCGAGGUCACCUUGAAUAUGCUGAACGCCUCAGAGAACGAAGUAGACGUGGAGGGGCUCAGCGGUGAUGUCAAGCUAGAGUUCGAGGCGGGCAACGAGGAAGUGGCCACCUGAAACAUGUUUAGCUUUUCAUAUUAGUUUUAAUAUAGAAUAGACGACUAUGGCACAGGACACAAGAAUUACGUACACAGUGCAAGCUUCAGCCAGUGAGCUGUAUGGAUUUUUUUUUAUUUAGGGCCGAACGUGAACCCCUAAUUCUUGUAUUGAAUUUGGAGGGAAAAAUAACGAUCACAUAAGUAUCUAAUGUAUAAUUUUGUCGAUUUAUUAUAGAAUACAAAUCCACAUAUAUUACAGGUAGCGUUUUUUUUACUUUCACAUUGAAUUAGCUGUAUCCCGUGACUUCGCUCGCGCGAAUCAGUACAUUAAGUGUCCAUUUAGUAAAUUACGAUAUAACCUAUUCGUGUAUCAAAUUUUAUUCAAAUCUAUUUAGUAGUUUUCUUUGAAAGAGUAUUAUAUAUCCAGUCAUUCAGUGUUACAAACUUUCCGUAUUUAUCCCUAAUAUUAAUGGGAUUUUGCAGGAGGAUCCCGCCAAAAUAUAUGCGAGGAUGCCAGCACAUAUGUGACUGAUUCCGCCUCUAUUUCGCUUUAUCAUGUACAUGUGAUGCUAUAUUUUUUAUCUAGUUUUUUUUUUAUAAUAUCAGCCGUUAACUGUCCACUGCUGAACUCUGACUGAACUGAACACUAAAGGUCUCCCCCUUGAAAUUGUUAGAAAGUGACCUCUGAUUACCUUUCUUUGUAUGUUAUUUGUUAUUUAUUAAUUAGAAUAAAAUAUUAAAUAAUAGUGAAUGAAAUGAACACACCCAAUGUAUUUUAUUGUAUGCAUUUUAUCUAUAUUUCUUUUUUUUUUAUUUUUUGUAAGGAAUUUCUGCGGGAAGAUUUUGGCCACAUCAGAAUAUCAAUGUUUUGCUCUUUUGAGCGCAAAGCAAUAAACUGAGUUGUCACAAUUUUGUGAUACUGUGGCAUGUGCAUUAAAAGGAAAAUUGUUAGUUUUUUUUUUUUGCAUUUUUUUAUAUUUUUUGUAUAUGUGUUCUAUUUUUUUUUUUACUGUGCAUCUAUGUCUGCUGUUAAGUAAUGCAAAUAAAUUAUCUAUCUAUUGAAUUAAGUUCCCUUAAUAGCUUCUUAUGACACCCACGGAAAAGUAAGGACUGUUCUAUUAUUUGUUGGGACCACACGGCAAUAUUAUGUCUUAUAUUUUAUCUUA